CAGUUUACGCUGGGUAUCGAAACGUGUAAGUGAAACAGUCGAACACGAAUCUAUUUCUUGUAAAUAAAAAUCGCUUGUAAUUAAAUACGGUGGACAUAGUUGGCAAGGGUGAAAAACGAACUGGAAUUAAAGUGUUUUUCAGCGGGAUGAGACUUUCUUGUGACACGAGGAUUUUUUGUAAAUCAUGGAAUCCAAAGUGCCUCCGUUAUUUUAAUUCUUGGACGAAAAAACGCAUUUUUCUUGAAAUGCAUUAUUGCAAAAUUGGAAAACAUAAUAAAAGACGGAAAAAAGGCUACCACCACGUAUUUUAAUACAUAUCAAUCUGAUGCAAGCACGGAAGGCGUUUUAAUAUUUGGUGCCAACUCCGGGAUUCUAAAUUCACAGUUCAAAAAUGGGUUGCAGUUGCAUAUUGAUCACGUGUAUUCAAUUUUAUGUAUUGGUAAUAUUGGCAACCAUAAGGCUAGGAAGUGCAAAUUACCUCGCCACUCGAAGUCGGGAAAGAAAUUUAAAUAGUAACAAUGGAGUGAAAACUGAAACAGAAUCAUCACAUAUCGGUGGAGAAGUGUUUGUACCGAAAACAUUUUCACUAAACUCACAGGAGCCAACAUGCGAACAGCUUCGCGCUAUGUGGAUAUUUUCAAAAAGGCAGUCCCGAGCGGCAGAAAUUACGAAUGAAAUACCAACGUAUCGGGAUCCCUUCACCUAUAAUGUCUGGGAACCUCUUUUUUUAAACUCGCAAUUUUUGGGGUCACUAAGGAUGAGCGCCAAGGAAAGAGCGAGAUCUCCUGUUUUUGGCCGAGUUGUUAGCCGAGAGCCAAAUACGCCCCAACGGAUUCCAUUUGAACACCAUCAGAGAUUGGUUGAAUUUGGAUCUAGUGGUCCUAGUUCAAGUCAAAAUCGAUAUUAUGGAGCUGAGACGCGACCACAACAGGGAGCUUCUUUGUCAUCACGUAGGUCAAGUAAAAAUCGAUACAUGGGUGUCCCAAAUGGUACUAGAGUUAAUGCGAAAGAAAGUCAAAAUUCUGUUGCUAUACAAGGUAGUUUUCAAAAGCUUAAGGAACUUAUAUGGACUGAGAGAGCUAAGGAGUUAACAGAGCAACGAAGAGAUGAAGAGUUGGCGGCGCGCGCGGCUGCACUCAAAGAAAUUGCUAACGGAAAAAACAUACUAGCCAAUUAUGUUCCUCAAUUAGGGAGUUCUGAUUCUAUAUUAAUGGAUGAAAAUCGAAGCCCUGACGGAAACAGUUACCAAUUAAGUGACAUAAACCGAAUGUCAAUUCUAAAUGAACAAAAUUUUCAAAGUGAUAAAAAUAAUAAAAAUGGACAUAAGAGUGGCAUUAAAGCCACUACACGUCGAAUUGGCAAUUCACCAUCCUACAAUAAAAAAGAAAGUCAAGCCAAUAAAGAAAUAAAAGCAUUACUUUUUGGGAAAAACGGCAUUAGUCAAGCAAAUCGAGCAGCUCGCAUAAAGUUGCCAGCAACUGAACUAUUUUCUAGUGAUGUUCCCGAAAGAGACUAUUCCAUUAUUGGUAUUCCAAGAACAUACCCUAUUCGAAAAUCUCACUUUAGAGAACGAAAUCGAUCACUUUUCAAAGAGCCGCCAGUAAAUGACAAUUUUCAGCGCUACGUACGAGGAUUAACAAAAUGGCCUUUAGAAACCUCUACACAAAAUAAAGAAAAAGAGUUAAGGCACCAUCUGGAAACACCUGAAAAUUUUAUUGGACCACAAUUUGACAACUAUGUUAAAAAUGUAGAAAACGUCGACAAUUUAAAGAUGUUAAUUGAGAAAAAACCUAACAGUAAUGAAUUUGAACUGGGAUUGUACGACUUCAAUAACUAUUAAAAACUCACUUAUUUCAACUUUGUCCCCGUACUUUUUUUCGUUUCUAAUAAAAUCUAUAUUGUACAUACUAUACAAUUUAACAUGAGAAAUGUAGCAUACCAACAAAAUUAUGCCUUGCUAACAAAGACAGUUCAGAUUAUUUAUCAAGUUUCGGUUUGGUUUUAACGUGGAACUAAAUUUUUUUAAAACCAUUAUUAUUCAAAUUGUUUUAAAACUUACAGAAAUGUAAAUACAUUUUCACGAAUCACAAAUUAUUGUAUUCUUUUGUAUUUUAAGAAAUUAUUAAUGGUAAAAUUCUGAAAAUACUUUGAAAAAAAGGAUUCCACUUUAAAAUUAAAAAAAGGAUUCCACUUUAAAAUUAAGCUGUGGUAUUUUAAAUUAUUUUAAUAUGUACAUUGUUAUGAAAUGCCUUGUUUUAAUGAUAUUCGAAUUUACGAAAUUUGUAUCUCUUUGACGCAACAAAAAAAAAAACAUUUUUUUCUAUAUCAUUUUGAAAACUUUUCCUGUUCAAUUUUUUAAAUAUUGGUGUAGCUAAUUUCAUUUAAAUUAUAAAACAGUAAAUAUAAAAAAGUAAAGAUGCUAACAAUUAAAGUUAUACCGGCCACCAAUUCUUAUCUUAAAAAUUUGAUGGAAAGUACAAUAGUUCUGUAACUCAAUGAAAAAUUUAAGAAAACAUUUACGCGCUUAGUUGUUUUACGUUUAUAAUUUCUCCAACGAAAUGCUUCCAACCAAUAACAAUCAAUUUCAAGUAAGAUGUAAUUGGCUUAUACAGUCAGUUUAAAUUCCGAGAAAUCUUUAGUGAUAAAGAAUUUCAAUUUUGCGGAAGUACCUAAAUAAAAAAAUAUAUAAAACCAAAGUUUACUAAACAACUGAAAACAUAUCACGAUCUUUAAGUAGAGAUCACUUUUCGGAAACAAAAAGUGAUAAUAAUAAUAAUACCAACCCGAAGCCUAGACUGGGUGCAUAAAAAAAGGUUGGCUACAAAUAAAUCAUUACACUCCACUUACCCACACUUCAAUCAUUAAAAAAUAUUGAAAUAUUAUAGUUAAUGUGCUCCAUGACUAAGUUUAAGCUAAAACUUUACCAAUCACCACUAAGCUAAUAAAAUUGAAUAAAAAGUGAUUAUAGCAAUUUUUGAUCGUGAAAUCUCUACAUAAUAUACAUGUCAUUUUACUUAUUAUUAUUAUUACUCAGAUGCACGUGCCUGCGUGUCCAAUCCUAAAUAUCAUUUUUUUAUAUUAAAUUUAGUCUAAGUGCGACGUGCUACAAAUGUUUAUUUGUAAUUUGUCGUGUUUUAAUUUGGUGUAAACUAGCUUACUAGAAAAGAUCAAGCAAAUGCGAUAACGCAUCAAAUAUUUAACAUAUCGAACUAUUAUAUAACUUUUUAACAAAAAAUAUAUUGUUUUGCUUUAUAAACUAUUAACUUGUAUAUACAAAAAAUUAUAUUAAGAAUCAUAUGUAUGUAUGUAGGUUGAUAUUCGGUUGAAAAGUUCGGCCCAGUGCUAGCUUAGUGUUUAAUAUCAGUAUUUUUGUUAAUAUCCCAGUUCAUCAUACCAAUUUAUAGACAGGGCUAUGAAUUAGUCCGAAGCUUAACCCUUUCCACCGAGCCCUAAACCGAAUCUGUAAUUUAUGUUUUGUAUGGACCCAACCGGAACAAUCAAAAAAAUAAAGAUCUCUUUUUCAAGGAAGUAAUUUAAUACACAUGUUAAGUUAAAGUUAGAACAUCUUGUUGUUGUCUUAAAAUGGUUUAAAAAAAUGAUUAUAAUUUGAAACCACAGUUCAAAUCUGAAAUUUGUUCCACCAUAAGCACAGUUCCGCAGCCAAAAUUACUUGGCUUCACAGCCCUGCUUUUACAUAUCUGUCAAAUACUUUUUAAACUUCAAAAAUGGUGUUUUAUAUAUACUUCUUCAUAUACCAAUCCUUUGCAACUUGUUAAUCGGCUCUGUUAAUUAUGUUUGCCUAAAAAAUUAUUUGCAACUUGUCGCACCAGACAACAAAAAAAUCUAUCAUCGACAUUCAUUAAUAUGUGCUGUUUUACGCUGGAAUUUUUAGCUUUCGUGUACGUGUUUUUAGUGCUUGUAACAAAUACAAUAAAAACAUAUUUGUAAGCUCUGCGACAAUAAUGUAGAAUUGUAUAAUAUAAGUAUAAUAUAAAAUUAUAUACAAAGAUGACAUAAGAAUAUGCUAAGUUUAAUUCAAUUAAAAGUCCUAAAGUUGUCUACGCAUGGUUGGUGUUUAAGAAAUCGAAAAUUAACACAUGAUUAAAUAAAAAAAUUAUUGUAAAAUAUGCUGUAUAUUAUAUAUAUUCUGACAAAAUAAAAUUAUAUAUAAUAUG